CACUCUCUGUCAUGUUCUUCACCCUCAAGCCGUGAUUCAUCUCUUGUUUUCUCUACUAUCUCAUAUUUCCGAGAGAAAGAGAUAGAGAUCCAAUGGAGUACGAAAGGAUUGACAAAACUCAGAAUGGAAUAAUUUCUCCCAGUAAACUCAGGAUGAAGCUCAUGGGGGCUCACCAUCACAAGAAGAAAGAUGGAUCCAACUGUAAUUCAUCUAGAACUUCACCUUCAAGGCUUGAGGAUGCUGAAUUUGUGAACAGCUUACUGGCCUCAAAAAGUGAUAGCCUUGAUGAUGAAGUUACAUCUCCCAGCUUAGAGAUACUCUCAUCAAAGCCAUCCAGUGAUGUAUUGCCAGACCAAAGAGACAAUGUUCAGACUUCUUGUGAACCAAAGGGGACAAUGCCCAGCGAAAAUGUUAACACGGGUCGUUUGAAGAUGCAGCAUUUUUUGAAGCAUGAUAGUGGCAAUUCUAGUGCAAUUCACCCAGUGAGGACAACUGAAGAUGAAAAUCUUGAUUAUGACAGUAAUGCUAGCUCAUCAAGCUUUGAGUUUCAUAAAGGAGAGAGAUCAGUGAGCAAUCCUGCAACGAGAUCCCUAUUGAGACCUAUCCCCUCUAAGUGGAAUGAUGCUGAGAAAUGGAUAAUGAAUAGGCAAAAUAUACAAGCGAACUACUCAAAAAAGAAUGUUGUGCAAAGCCAAGCAAAUCGCAUGCCAGCAACAAGCAUGGCAAGGGUUGCUCCAGAGUCUGCUAAUUAUGAUCAUCAUAAGUUAGCAAUCAGCAGAAUGACUGAAACAAAGGGAGUUGAUUUCUGUCAACCAACAACUUCGCAUGUUGCGUUAGAGAAGUUCUCUUUUGUUCCAUCCGAGGCUCAUUCAGUUUCAGGCCAAGCUCAUGGAAGGGUUCCAACAGUAGACUCCCUUCCCCAGAGCAAAGAUUUGAAGGAUGUAAAUGAAUUAGUUAUAUCCUGCUCGAGUACGGAUGAUCAAAAAGCUAUUCCUGGAAUUAGAUCAGUUGCUAUGAGAGACAUGGGAACAGAGAUGACCCCUAUGACCAGUCAAGAGCCUUCGCGAACUGCUACACCAGUUGGGUCCAUAAGUCCAAUGCGUAGCCCAACUUCCUCAAUACCUUCUACUCCUGGGAGGGAUGCACCCGCUCCUACACCUUUUGAGAGCAAAGUAUAUGAGGAUUCACAAGUUCCAGUUGGAAGCAGGAAACAGUUGUCAGAAGAAGAGAUUAAGCUCAAGACAAGAAGAGAGAUUGCAGCUCUAGGAAUGCAGCUUGGUAAGAUGAAUAUCGCUGCAUGGGCAAGUAAAGAUGAGCAAGAGAAGAAUAAAUCUUCUGUUCAGAACACAAAUCAAGAAGAACUUGAGAGAAUUGAAUUUGAAAAGCGCGCUACUUUAUGGAUGGAAGCUGAAAAAUCUAAGCACACUGCAAGAUAUAAGCGAGAAGAGAUUAAAAUUCAGGCAUGGGAAAGUCAACAGAAGGCAAGAUUAGAAGCAGAGAUGAGGAGAAUUGAGUCCAAAGUUGAGCAAAUGAGAGCCCAAGCUCAUGCAAAGAUAGUGAAGAAGGUUGCUUUGGCAAGGCAAAGAUCGGAAGAAAAGCGUGCGGCCGCUGAAGCGAGAAAAAAUCGAGAAGCUGACAGAACUGCAGCUCAAGCAGAAUAUAUACGUCAAACAGGACGAAUGCCAUCUUCAAAUUACACUUGCUGUGGUUGGCUGUGAUACAAGCAAGGCACUGCAACUAGAAGAAAAAUGUUGCUUCUCUUUUGAUGCAGUAGAUAACGGUCAUUAUUUUUACACACGGCAUUUUGUGUUAUAAUAGGGGGAAGUUGGUGCAUGAAGUGAGAGGGAAGAGAGAGCGAUUAUGUUUACAGGUCACAAAAAUUUGUAAAGAUCUGCUUGUGAUCAUAAGGUGUGCAACAUUUCUUUAUGUUCAGUUUGACAUUCCGUCUACAGAAAUUUCUAGGCAGUUUAUAUCUCU